AACCUUUAGAAGUCUGUUCCUUUUUUUGGUCGGGACGAUUACAGGGAACACCGGAACAGUGCAGUUCUCCAUUACCGCGAAACAUGCCCAAGUUUUACUGUGACUAUUGUGAUACCUACCUGACACAUGAUUCGCCUUCGGUGAGGAAGACCCACUGUAGCGGGCGAAAACACAAAGAAAAUGUGAAAGAUUAUUACCAGAAGUGGAUGGAGGAGCAGGCACAGAGCCUGAUUGACAAAACAACGGCUGCGUUCCAGCAGGGGAAGAUUCCUCCCACACCGUUCCCAGGCGGCCCUCCGCCAGGACCUCCACGUCCAGGGAUGCUACCGACACCCCCGAUGGGAGGUCCACCAAUGAUGCCCAUGAUGGGACCCCCACCACACGGGAUGAUGCCCGGUGGACCUGGAGGCAUGCGGCCGCCGAUGGGAGGACCCAUGCAGAUGAUGCCAGGACCUCCACACAUGAUGCGUCACCCUCGUCCCAUGAUGAUGCCGGUCCGGCCGGGCAUGGCGCGGCCCGACAGAUAAGGCCCAGCGGACCUUGUGAACUCUUUGUUGCCAUGAACAGAUGCUGUCUAGUGAAGAUGUUUGGAUUUACAGUGUGACCUUUAAUUGACCAUUCGAUCUAGAAUCGAACCCCAUCAAGUUGUCAUUUCUGUUGACUUUGUUCUCUGGUAUUUAUUACUAUUCAUUUCAUUUGAACUGAUUACAGGUGCUUUUUUCCACCCCUCAGUAUCGUCAAAUUUUCCAUGUCAAGAUUAGAAUAUCUCCACUCACUACGACUUACUGUUCAAACCACACAUUGAAAUAGACGUUUUACUUGAUUUUUUUUUUUCUAUUCUUUUCUUUUGUUUUAAAUGCUUUGUAUAUUACUUGCAUUGGUUUGAGAAAUAAAACAGUGCUUUU